GACAGGUCUGUACAGCGCUUUGUCUGGGGGCAGUGAGACAGGAAAGCUGCAGACUUGUCAGGAGGAGUCCCUGUGUGCCACUGUUUCAUUGGGUAUUGUGGUUAGUGCAUCGAACGCAGCUAACUGAGUGAAUCAUACUUGCUGAAAAUCUUCUCUCUGCCUGGGAGUGGAUCUAGCUCUACAAUCCACAGAAUCAUGGGAGGGGUGCAAUCACUGGAACUGCCUCCUGCAAACGGGCCCCAUAAAGUGGGCUGCACAGACAUCAUGGCUGAUCACACAAGGCAGGGAAGUUUCUUCCGUUUAUAUUAUCCCUGUGAGGCCAGUGAGCAGCUGAAGCACCCACCCUGGAUUCCCCGAUACGAGUACUGUGGAGGCCUUGCAGAUUACCUGGAGAGGAACAAGAGGUGGUGCGCCCCUAUACUCAAUUUGGCAUUUGGCUACUAUGAAGUCCCGGUUAGAUGGGGCGCUCCUUUCAGAGCUGCAGAGAAGUAUCCGCUGAUCAUAUUUUCUCACGGUCUUGGGGCUUUCAGGACCGUAUACUCCACUGUCUGCAACGAGAUGGCAUCUCAGGGGUUUGUCAUUGCUGCUGUCGAGCACAGAGAUGAAUCGGCUUGCGCCACCUUUUUUUUCAAGUCUCCUGUUGAGGAUUUGGAGCAGCCAAUUCGAACAACAACUCCAAUAGAACAAUUCCCCGAGGAACCUGGAUCACGCCAAGCCAGCCCACCUGCGCUGGAGGAAGAAUGGCUCUCAUAUAGGAAACUGGAUACAGCCGGGGAAGAAUACUCCCUCAGGAAUAAACAGCUUCAUCAGCGAGUGGAGGAGUGCAGCCGGGCUUUGAACCUUCUUACAGAUAUCAACGAUGGGAAGCUCAUCAAAAAUGUCCUUCCUGGCGACUUGGACCUCUCCGUUAUGAAGGGCUGCAUUGAUCUGGAGAGGGUUGCGGUGAUGGGUCACUCGUUUGGAGGCGCCACAGCGAUUCUGGCAGUCGCUAAGGACCCACGGUUCAAGUGUGCAAUAGCUCUGGAUGGCUGGAUGUUCCCACUGCCAGAUGAUGUUUAUUCCAAUGUGCAAAAUAACAAUCCUCUGUUAUUUGUCAACUCUGCUAAAUUCCAGACCGAUGACAGCAUCAGUAAGAUGAAGAGGCUGCAAUCUACUGGCAAUAAGAUCAAGAUUAUCACCAUAGCAGGUUCAGUACAUCAGAGCCAGACGGAUUUCACACUACUAACAGGUCAAUUGCUCAGCUUGGCGUUCGAAACAAAGGGGACCAUAGAUCCUAAAAAGGGCCUCGAAAUCACCAACAAGGCCUCUCUGGCCUUCCUGCAGAGACAUUUGGACCUAAAAAAGGACUUCAACGAGUGGGAUCAUUUUUUGGAAGGGAAAGGAUGUCAUGUGACUCUCGUAGAGUGAAUCUUGUCUUCAGGCUCAAAUUGUCCUGAUGCUCGACAUGGAAUCCAACUGGUUUGUAAUGUGAAGGCUGAUGAAAUUGUGUUGCAGUGACUGGAUUUCCAAGGGUCAAAUACUCGUAUCUUGUGUCAGGAUCCUAAAUGGCACAUCAUGCAGCACUAACGUGACACGGCAUUUGGCCUGCAUCUAAACCAAUGCAUCCAUUCCCCCCUAAAACAUUCGAACAACAAUUCAGUGUACAACAAUCCAUAACCAGCACAAAUACUUAUAAAAGGAAAAAUUGCUUUUAUUUCCUGAAUGAUGGGGAGCGAGUGUUUGGCUUGAGUACAGUACAGCCUACAUGGAAUUUCACUACUCACUCCUACUUCCUCUCCCACCAAACAAUGGAUGAAUAGCUGCACCUCCCAGCAUUUUACUGAGUGGUACAGAUCAAACUGGCUCAGAUUUAUUCGCUGAUCUGUGCUGAGUUAGCAAAUCUCAAAUAAGGAGGACCAUAGGGAAUUAGUUCCCUGAGUUAGGUGACAAAAGAAUCAUUCUCUGCCGUGAUGCCCUCUAUGGUAGAAUAGUCUACCUGCACAUACUGUCUGAGCUCACUCACAAAGUAAAGCCACUCGGGUUGGGUGGUAAUAGGAUAAUUAAAUCAUUCUCUUUAUCCUGCCACCCCUCUCCAUUGUUCUGACGUGGGCUUCAGCUGGCAUUAACAAGACCAGCCUGACACACAGUCAUGGAUCUGAGCUGGCUCAGACCAGGCUGAUUUAGAUACUGGAUGGAAGUUGGCAUUCGUAGAACUGAGCCCCAGCAACAGUCAGUGCUUUUGGAUUGGUGAUGAAUAUAAUUUUUAUGUGCUUUCAUUGGCCUGUGGUUACAGUAGUAAACUGUAAUUAUGAAGAGGAUAUCGGAUGAGUCCUGGAAAAUGGAAACAUUUUAAGAUUGCAAAACUUCUCGAUGGACAUUGGCAGCUACUGCUGCUUUAGGGGAUGUAAGGAAAUAUGACCCUAGUCAGCUUUAUAUUGGAAGUUAUUUUUGUAGAUUUCUCAGGUUAGGUUGGGAUUUCACUGCUCUGUCCAGCAGUAACUGGCACAGGGUUGUGCAGCAUACUCUUCAUAUAUUAGAAUUGUAAAGUGUCCCUAAGAUUUAAUUAAUUGUAAUGUUAAUGCUAGAAUUUCUGAUAUUGGUCUUUGGUGUUUUUAUGGUUUGAUACUUCUAAGGAAAACCAGUCCCCAGGCACUCCAUUUCAGCUUUGAUCUGUUUGGGUGGAUGUCUGGGAUGGAAAAGAUGAGGGGACUUGAGUCUCAUUACACUGAGGGGUCAGUGAGUCAUUGCCUUCAGUGACUGUCCAUCUCAACAGCUUUUUCAGAGAGCAUUUAAAGUCAAUCACAUGGCGUGAGACAUGAAAGAAAGAACUUUCAUUUAAAUAUUACAACCUCAGGACAAACCAAAAUAUUUUAUAGCCAAUGAAAUACUUUGUGUAGUUAUUGUUGAUAAUGUAGCUAACUUGCACACACCAAAAUUCCACACAUGACAAUGACCAGUUAAUCUGUUUUGAUGAUGUUGAAGUGCUCCCAUGCUGUUCUUUCAAUAAUGCCAUGCGAUCUUUAGCAUCCAGAUUUGGUAAGGGUGACAGGUUUCCUUCCCUAAAGGGUAUUUAUGAAUUAGUUGAGGUUUUAUGACAAUCUGACAGCUUCGUGCUCACUUUUACUGAUACCAGCUUCUUAAUGCCAGAUUUUUAUAUUUUUAACUGAAAUCAAAUUCAAUUGGUUGGUGACCAAUAGCUUGGUCAAACAAGUAGGUUUUAAGGAGUGUCUGAAAGGAAGAAAGCAAGGUAGAGAGGCACAGAGAUUUAGGCAAGGAAUUCCAAAGCUCAGGCAGCUGAAGAGAUGUCCAUAGAUAUAAAAAUGAAAAAGUGCGGAUGCUGGAAAUCCAAAACAAAAACAGAAUUACCUGGAAAAACUCAGCAGGUCUGGCAGCAUCGGCGGAGAAGAAAAGAGUUGACAUUUCGAGUCCUCAUGACCCUUCAACAGAACUGAUUGAAUAUUAGAAGAGGGGUGAAAUAUAAUUAUGCUUGGUGGACUUGGUGCGAGUUAGGAUAAGUGGUGUAAGUGACCCAUGUUAAGUUAAAAUACUCUGCUUAGGGGUGAGAAAGACAGCUCAGUUAAGUGUACAGAAAUCUCCCUUGGCAACAUAUAUGGCCCUGCCAAUGCGACCACACAAUAAAGUUCCCUUACCCUUUAAUUUCAUUCUCUAGAAUAAUACAAGGUGGGAUGCUGUAUGCUACUAGUUAAAAAGAGCGUUGGCCCCAGUGGUGUUCAGUAUCAGUUUCUUCAACCAAGUUAGCUCCUUGCUUAUGUAGAGAUUACACAAACGAAAGUACUAUUCCUUGGAAUGUAGACAGUUAAGGGGUAAUUUGGUUGAAGUUUUCAAGAUAUUAAGGAGGACAGACAAAGUAAAUAGAGAAACUAUUUCCACUGAUUAGAGUGUCUAGGAUUGGGGGGACACAAGCCUCAAAAUUUAGAGCCAGACCUUUCAGGAGUGAAAUUAGUGGCUGGACUUUUGUGGACUCAGGAUCACUGCUGAGACCUCUAAAAAUGGCAGUCGGGCCAUAAUCUGGGACCCCUACCCUCAUUCCCGGCAUCGGCAGUUUUCACCAGCGCAGGAUAAGUUUGAGAGUGACGAUCCUGCACUUUGCACUCCCGACUUGGCAGGUUCCGUUGCUGGGGUAGGCAUCACCUAUCCCUUGCAAUUUUUGUGGAGUCAAGCCAGUUUCUUGAGGACAUGUGGUUCACUGGGUCUGGAUUCCAGAACCUUUUGAAAGGUUUAUUUAAAAAGUCUAACCCAAGCCCCUGCCAUGUCCCCAUUCCACCUCCAUUCCUUUUCUAUGGCAUCAAGCUACCUCCAUGGCCAUUCACGCAGUAUGCACUAUGUACAGAAUCAUAGAAUAACAAUGGCAAGACUUGAAAUUCUGAUUGGUACAGAAAAGAGCACCCAUUCAGAAAUCUGCCUUAUAAAACACUACUGCUCUUACACCGUAUAAAAGUGACAUCAGACAGAGCCAUUAUAAUAUCAAUAACAUGCACUUUACCUCAUUUCACACCUUUUAAUCACAUCCAAAUAAACAUACAGAUGUUGAAAAACAAAUCAAAGAAUAAUUUACUAUAAUCUCUCAAAGAUGCCAAGCAAACACUCUACUUCAGCCUGUGAAAACAGACUUCCUGAUGAGCUAAUCCACCAAUGAGUUUUGGAACUCAACCAAGCUUCCAUCAUGAAGCCAUCUGAGAACUGUAUCAAUAGAAACAGAUGGCCAGACAUAUGUUUCUCUAGAGGGCCUCAUUUUGAAUGUUUGGGUGAGCUCCAAGACCCUCUACUAGAUUAGUUAGGCAGUGGUCUGUUUCCAUAGGCUAAAGUGGAAUGUUUGCUUUGAUUGGCAUCUUUAUGAGGUUAUAAUAAGUUAUUCUUUAUUUGAUCUAUUCUUUUAAUGUCUGUUUAUUUGGCUAGAUUAAGAGAUAUGAAAUAAGGUAAAUCUUCUGUUAUUGACACUAUAAUGGCUCUGCCUGAAUUUUACAGUAUAACAAUGACAUAUAAUAACAGUGGCAAAUCUUGAAAUGCUGAUUGGUACAGAAAAGAACACUCAUUCAGAACUCUGCCUUGAAAGAAACUGCUGCUCUUACAGCCUAUAAAAGUGACAUCAGACAGAGCCAUUACAGUAUCAAUAACAGAAACUUUACCUCACUUUGCCUCUCUUAAUCUUGUCCAAAUAAACACACACAUUGAGAAACGGAUCAAAGAAAGAGCAGCAGUUUUAUUUUCAAAGCAGAUUCUGGACUGGGUGGUUUUUUUUAAAUCAGCAUUUCAAGACUUGCCAUUGUAAAGUGUGUACUGGACAAGUGGGCAUGGAGGUGACUGACCAUGGAGCUAUUAAUGUAUAUAAUGUAAUUGGAUUUUUUUAAAAUAGAGGUGUGUGUUAAUUGGAUUAAAGCCAGCUAAUCUUGGUGCUUUGAUGUAUAGUAGUUCUGAGAUGUAAACAGAGAGGU